GGUUUUCUUACCCUUGGGGUGAAAGUGGGUGUCUGGUGUCCUAAGACGGGUUCGCUGGCGGGCCUACGGUGCAAUCCCCCGAGGGUGGAUGACGGGGGCUCUACGGCAUCAAGCUCUGGCACCUGCUCAUCGGACAGAGAGAAAGAGAAGGAGGAGGGGGAGGAGGAGGUGGAGAGAUUCGCCUCCUACCCCCCCCCUCCACGUGGAGCAGCAGGCGGUGGUGCCUCACCAUUGCCACGUGGCAGUCCCCCGCGCGGUCACGCUGCCGCCGCCCUCAAUUCUCAUCCUUCGACUCAUCAGCGACAUCAGCAGCAGGCCAUCGCCAAUCACGAAAAGAGGAAUGUUCAGGCGAACGUUCGUUCUGACAACGACAGGAAGCAGAAACCGACAAAGAUGCCGCUGACGUCAACGACAGCAGCAGCACCAGCAGCUGCGUCAGCCACGCCACCUAGGAAGAGCAAGAAAGGAGGAGAAGGGGGAGGGGGAGGAGGACGAGGAGCAAGCAUGAGGGAGAAAGGAGCACGAGGAGGAGGAGGAGGAGGAGGAGGAGGUAAUGGAGACAUGAAGGAGAUGCUGUCUUGUUUCCGGUGGAUAGGAUUUAAUUGUGGAUUUAAUUGCUCUCGAACGAAUAUCUAUGGUGGGGAGGAGCCGUCCAAUUGGGAGGAAUACUCCAUAGCCGAGACCUCGACAGACCUGUCGGCAGCAGGAACGGUAUCGGGACCAGCGGGAGCAAAUGCCACAUCACCGAAGAAACGGCGGGGGCUGCGGCAUCGGCUGCUGCCGCGCCGAUGGAGCCGAGCGGGGAGGGAGGAGAUCGAAUGGGAGAAGGAGAUGGAGAGGCUGAAGGAGAGGGAGAGAGACAGGGAGAGAGAGAGACAGAGGCAGCGCGAGAGGGAGGCGGAGUGGGAGAAGGAGAAGCAGAGAGAGCUGGAAAGGGAGCGCGAGAGAGAGAGGGAGAGGGAGAGAGAACGCGAGAGGCAGAGAGAGAGAGAGAGGGAGAGAACCUGGUCCGAGUUCCUCGUCAAAGCGAAGCUCGGCUUCGGCGGAGGAAGUCCCGCCUCCACAUCCCGAUCGCGCUCUCACUCGGGAUCUGGGUCCGGACUAAGCAACUCCUCGUCUUUUAAGGAAGGCGCCAUAGCUUCUCCAUCUCAUCCAGCAGCGCACUUCGUGGACGGGGGAGGAGAGAGAGGAGGAGGAGGAGGAGUUGGUGGCCGGACCAUUGUGCGAGAGGAGGAGAGGAGAGGUGCUGAGCUGGACAGGCCAAGGGGAGGGGGCACUGGCCGCGCUAGCCAGGAUGCAUUGUACGAGUACGGCCUUUCAGACUCACCGGAUAUGGAGGACGAAGAAAGUAGGGAUAGGAUUCGAGGAGGAAGAAGAAGAUUCGUAGGGAGAGUUGGAAGAUGGGGAGGAGGAGGAGGAGGAGGAGGAGGAGGAGGAGGAGGAGGGCGUGGGUAUGGCGACGACGUGGAGGAGGAAGAAGAAGAGGGAAAGAGCUAUGGCGAGCAGGGAGUAGAGAGGAGUGGGGACUUGAGGAGGAGGAGUGACGUUGAGUCGAAGAGCAAUCAGUCGGGGGAGGAAGGGGAAGGUCGGGAUCGCCAGCAGCAGGGACCACCAUCCGCCGCAUUCGAUGGAGCGACAUUGCGUCAGCAGGAAGAGGGAGAGGGGUCGGGAUCCGGAUCGGCCUCUAGUGCGACUGUUGGUCUCGACGGACACAUCCCUCUGUUUUUUUUUUUUGAUCUGCUAAUAAUGAGUGACCGCCAGGCGCGGCUGGAACGGACGGCUGUGAUAGUCUCCCGCCUGCAUGUCAUCAUUACUAAUCAUUCUGAAGUAUCUCGAUCAGGAAGGCUCGGUAGGACAGGUCGCAGCAUCAAAGGAGGAGGAGGAGGAGGAGGAGGAGGAGAAGGAGGAGGAGAAGGAGGUGGAGGUGGUGGUGGAGUAGGUAGGAGGUGGGAGAUAAAAGGAAGAGAAAGAGGAGGAGGAGGAGGAGGAGGAGGAGGAGGUAGAAGAAGUGGAGAUGUGAUCUGGAGUAUGCAGCCUGGGCGCGUUUUAGGCGCCGCCCGACCAACUAUAUGGGGAAGCGGUCGUUCGCUUCCUAGGCGCCGACCAACGCUCUGGGGAGCGGUCGUGCGGUGUCUAGCCGCCGACGAAUGGGGUCCGCAGUGGGGUCGUCCGUCGUCCCGACCGGUCCGUUCUCAGAGGAAUGGUGCAAGGCUGCAAGAGCCCCAAACUGAACGUACGGUGAAGAUUUACGAAAUGGGAUAUCGAUAACUACCAGGGAAUCAUCGCUGACGUAAGAGGUUAAUUAUUCAGUAAACGGAUAAUUCCAUU